GUGAGAGUCUAAGUGGUGAGGAGUGGAACUGUCAUCCGGUUGUACGUCUAUCACCAUGGUGGACACGCGUAGCGGUACGAGUACCACCCCAUAUACGAAAGAGCAAGAAGAGAGUGUCGCCGCCAUAUUGAAAGAAAGAAAAGAGAAGAACGAGGCCAAGAAGAAUGCCCUAUUGGAAGCACAAGCGGCGAAGAAGAAGAAGCUUGAAGAAGAGAUGGAGAGGGUGAAGAGAGAAGAGGAGGAGAAGCUUAAAGAAGUGGAAGAAGAAGAAGAAGAAGAGGAGAUACCCCUGGUGAGGACAACGAGGAGAGGGGAAAGAGGGGAAUCCAGUGGGGUUAGCGAAGACGAAAAGAAACUAGAGAAGAUGGUGUCGGAGUGGGUGGCUAACUUAUCCCUAGGGAAAGAUGAAGAAGCGUUGAUGUACAUCCCUCAGGGCGAGAGGGAUGUUGUUGUGGCAGAGAUAAAGACCCUGGCUGAUCUGUUAGAGCAGCAGGCCCUGGAAGAGGAGAAAAGAAUGGAGUGGAAAUUGCGACUGAGGAGGCAGAGAAGGAGGCGCAUAGCGGCGGCUACUGAGUUAGAGAAGGAAUCGGCUGCCGCAGCAGAACAGCAUACGAAGGCGCUGGCAUAAGAGGACUUGCAGAAUAAGUUGGAUGCAAUCCCAAAGA